AUGAGUGAUUUUGAAAACACAUCUUUAAUUUCUUUUAUUUGGAAUGUUUUCACACAAGGGUCAGAAAGUAUUCUGCAUAUGCUUAAUAAUCCUAAUGUUCUGAAUUAUAAUGGAGAAAUGCACGGAUACCAACCAAAUUUAUGGAAUUUCUUAUAUUCUCCUCAUUUAUUAUUAGCAAAUGCGAUAAUUAAUAGAAUCAAUGCCAUUGUUGCACCUCAAAAUCCUAGACCUUUAAAAUUUAAAAUUCGUUUAUUAAUCAGAUUACCAUUCUUUUACUGCUUGGUUAAAUCAUUACUUGUUUUAUUGGCAAGAAUUUCAAUGGAAAUUUCAACCCUACAAUCUUUUUUAUUUCAAUGGAUUUUGGAUCUUGGCAAUGAUUGUACUGAUCAACAAGCACUUUGGUUGACUUUAAAAACUUUUUCGGCUGUUUAUAUUAUGAAGGCAUUCCAUAGUAAUCUUGAAGAUAGAAUAUUGCCAAGUAGAGAACAGGGCACAUCGUUAUAUGAAGAUGCACUAUUAUUUCAUAUAUUUUGUGACAUUUCUUCUGGAAAAUCCAAUAUAGAUUUACUUUUAAUAGCAUUUUUUGGAGUAUUGGAUAUGUUUUUAUUAGAAAUCUUGUAUCUUCAUCCAUCAGGUCCUCAAUACCGAUUUAUAACUACUACGAUUGUUGGAAUAUCUGGACUUGAUGCAUAUCCUAUUGUUCAAAGUUUUGCACGUUUUCCUGAGCUUGUCUUGACAAUUUUAAUAAUUGUUUGUUCAUUGAUUCAUAUAAUGGCAUAUAUUGUUACAGGUGGAAAUGUUAGGAGGAGAUUUUUCAUAGAUUACACAUCAUUGCCAUCAUUGAGUGAAGACUACACAACAGAAUUAUAUAGAAUUGGUACUAUUAUUAUCGAGAUGAAUCGUGUUGAAGGAUUUCGUAAUGAACUACCUCCAAUUUUUUUACCUUCUAGUACAUAUCUGGAAAGACCAAAAAAUACAAGACAAAAUAAUUCUAUGGGACAAAUAAACACUUUGAGACCGGCAUGUGGAUUUGAUAAUCUACAAGAUAACAAUUCAUCAGACUCAUCGGAACUUUAUAUCCAUGCUCUUAUACGUAGACUACAUACCUGGACAAAUUUUUCCAUACAGGCUAUGGCAUUACUUCUGGAAGUCAUAUUACGAAUCGCAAAUUGGAUAAAAUCAUUUGCUAUCCAAGCUGAAAUAGGAUCUCAGCAAGCCGAGGAUCUAGAUCAGGAUGAGGGUUUAGAUUGGGACGAAGAAGUAUAUGAAAUUAACAAUGAAAUUUAUUCAACGGAAACAUCAGAAGAUGAUGUUGACAAUGAUGAUAAGGAAACAACAGAGAUAGACAAAUCUUCUGAAAUAUAUGCCAGCUCAUCAUCAACGAAUAUAAAAACACCUGUAUUAGAUGUAGAGUUUCAUCCACAUUUAUCUGAUACUUAUUGUGUUGUUUGCCUGGUAGAACCAAGAGUUUGUGUACUUAAACCCUGUGGCUGCUUUUCAAUAUGCGAGACGUGUCGUGAAAUGAUGGCUCAACGUAAUACAAA